GAGCGCUGGAACUGGAACAGAAGACUCUCCGUCAAAUUUAGGGACCUUCUUGUUGACCAACUUCGCUGUGAAUCGACAGCUUCAUCUCGAACUAUCACAUCCAUGGCCGCGACGUUCAACUUGUACACGCGGAAUGCGAGCGCACGUAAUAUUGUUCCAAGGGAAGGUCAAAAAAUUGGGGCGAACACACAAUUUCCUUAUCGAGGCGUUACAGGUGGGAAACUAUGUAAACAAAAACAAACACUCCCCAUCGACUUGAUUUUCUUACUAAUACUCGCGCCUCCUCAACGCGACCGUCGUUGAAACUCGAUCAGCAAAAUCGUCCCCUAGCAUCUAAAAAACAUAUCAUUUCAUCGCUGCGCCUUUUAUCAAGACAGAUAUAAUAAACCAACGAUCUUUGCUAAUGCUACACGGUUACCCUCCUCCGGGCCAACAGCAAGGUCAGCAGUCUGAUGCUCUGCAGCAGCAGCAGCAACAACAACCUCAGCAGCAACAGCAACAAACGCCACAGGCUAUCCCUGCAAUGCGUCUCCGCGACGACCCACUGCCGCCCCAGCCUUCCACGUCUCAGGCACCUGCACAGCCAGCCGCCCCCGCUCCAACAACUCGUUCUCGCAAACGUAAAUCUCCCCCAACAACAGCUGCUCAACCCCCGCCCCCGCCACAGCAGCUCCAACAACCUCCGCCUGGCAUAUUCCUUCCUCCAAUGUUGCCGCCCCCGCAUGGACACCAUCCGCCGCCCAUGCCCAUCUAUUUCUCUGGCCCUCCGGGUCCGGAGUUUGGUGGUCCUCCACCUCACCCGCCUCCGGGUGAACAGCCUGCCUCGCAAAUCGAGGGUCAGCCUGGUGGUCCUGACGACCCAAAGGCCAAUGGCCGCCCAUUGAGCCAAACCAAGCGGGCCGAGCAAAAUAGAAAGGCGCAGAGGGCGUUCCGGGAGCGCAGAGAUCAGCACGUGAAAGCCCUCGAAUCGCGUUCUCAACUGCUGGAUGCAGCGCUUGCGUCAGCAGAUGAGGCAAACCGUCGAUGGGAAGAGUGUCGUGCGCUUAAUGACAGGCUUCGCGAUGACAUCACACAUCUCCGCGAGGAAAAUACGCACCUCCGUCAACAGCUCGACGAGGUGUACUCCCAGAUUCCACAGGGUUUGCUCUCGCACCUCAUGCCCUCGCAACCCCAGCAGCAACCACCAACACAAGCACAGCAGCAGUCAGCAACGGCUGAGGCGGAGAAGAAGGAUGACGCUGCAUCCAAGGAGUGAGGUGGUGGAACUGUUCAACUUUUUGUGUUCUGUAAAAAUGGCUUCAAUGACAAGACAGCGAUAGGUUGCGGAGGCGCCGUGUACCGUAGACGUCCAAUUUUUACUUUGCUUCGCCGAUUUCUUUUGUACGUGUGUGCUUGCAGUGGUCAGUAGUAUAUUCCACGUAGUUUGUACGUACCCGCGCCUGUGCCGUUUAUGGCUGUCUCCGAAAUCAAGUUUGCGUUCGUUUGAUCGAGUUUCACCAUUGCGGUAUGUUUUGGUUCGUCGCACUCUGGCUUCAUUGUCGACGUCGUUGAGAGGAGAUGGUGGGUGGGAUGAAAACGACACUGGAAAUGCUGACAACUACUUUGUGAU